AUGUCUUUAUUGAGAUUAGUCAUUUACAUCACCGCCAUCAUAGCUAGCUGUCAAGCUAGUGGGCUUGGACAUCUCAUACCGGCAGUAAAAUCACUAUCUGUGGUUCGAUAUGCACCUUUCUACAGUUUUCCUAACGGAGUGCGCUCUAUACACGCAAUAUCCCCUGUAAUUCGUGCUGUUGCCCCAGCCGCGUUACCAGUAGCUCCAGCUCCAGUGUUACCUGCUCCAGCGCCUGUUUUUCCGGCCCCAGCUCCUAUAUUUCCUGCUCGGGCAGCAGUGUAUCCUGCGCCAGCGCCAGUGUUUGCAGCACCAGCUCCUGUGUUCCCAGUACCGGCCCCAGUGUUCCCAGCACCAGCUCCAGUGUUCCCAGCACCAGGUCCAGUGUACGCAGCACCGGCUCCAGCAGUAGCUCCAGCACCAAUAUUUAGAGCUCCUUUUCUGCCAGCAGCAUACCCAGCUCCCGUAGCCCCAGCCCCAGUAUACGCUCAAGCACCACCACCCGUGUACGCAAGAGCUAUACCAGCACUAUCAGCGGUGCCAUUUUCACCUAUUGUGAGACCAGUAGCUCCUGCUGUUGUCCAAGCUACAGCCCCAGUCUUUGCAAAAGCAUACUCUUUCCCAGCUCCAGUAGCAAAUCCCUGGGCAUGGAAA